GCCAGGAGCCAGGGCCCAGGAGCCACAGCAGGAGACCGCAGGACCUUUGGAGCACCGCAGAGGAGCUGUGCCUGGCGGCAUCCGACUUUGGACCUAAGUGUGGCAGUCAUUCCAGCUGUGACACCCGCCGAGUGAGAGGCCAGUGACAGCCCCACAGCUGCCGCACACGGCACUGUCACCGCAACAAGUGUGACAAGAAGCCAACGAGAGGUCACAGCACCUGAUCAAACAGCCCGUCUCCCGGGGCUUGGACUUCACCCCCUGCCAGUGGAAUUAUAUCACCGAGGAAGAAGAAGGGGAGACCCACGUGCUGUGGAGUCUUCAUCCCACGGGUGUCGGGGUGCUCCUGGGAAGGGGACACCGUAACUUCUGUUUGUUUUUGGAAGGGGCAUCUUCUGUGUGCAGGAACUUCAUAAAGAACAUCUCCCGACCCAUCCCUACAGGAGAAGAACCCUCAGGAUUAUAGCAACAGGUGAACAGCAGCGAGAGGGACACAUGCAGGGACCCUGGUGCUGCUGGAGAUCCGCAGAGCCGAGCUGUCCAGGGGGCAGCAUGAGGGGCAUCCUGCAGCUGCUGCUGAUCACUGCUCUCCUGUCCUGCUGGAGGCAGCCCCUGGUGGGGGCCAACUCAUGGUGGUCGUUGGCACUUAACCCCGUGCAGAGGCCCGAAAUGUACAUCAUCGGAGCGCAGCCGCUGUGCAGCCAGCUGACGGGACUCUCCCCGGGGCAGAGGAAGCUGUGCCAGCUGUACCAGGACCACAUGGUGUAUAUCGGAGAGGGGGCCAAGACCGGGAUCAAGGAGUGCCAGAACCAGUUCAAGCAGAGGCGGUGGAACUGCAGCACCGUGGACAACAAUUCCGUCUUCGGCAGAGUCAUGCAGAUAGGCAGCAGAGAGGCGGCCUUCACAUACGCGAUCAGCGCCGCGGGGGUUGUCAAUGCCAUCAGCCGGGCCUGCCGAGAGGGGGAGCUGUCCACGUGUGGCUGCAGCCGGACCCCGCGCCCGAAGGACCUGCCGCGGGAUUGGCUUUGGGGCGGCUGCGGGGACAACGUGGAAUACGGCUAUCGGUUUGCCAAGGAGUUUGUGGACGCCCGAGAACGAGAGAAGAACUAUCCUAAAGGUUCAGAAGAACAGGCACGGGCGCUGAUGAACCUCCAGAAUAACGAAGCCGGGCGCAGGGCUGUCUACCAACUGGCGGACGUGGCCUGUAAGUGCCACGGCGUGUCGGGCUCCUGCAGCUUGAAGACCUGCUGGCUGCAGCUUGCCGACUUCCGCAAGGUGGGCGAAUACUUGAAGGAGAAGUACGACAGCGCCGCCUCCAUGCGCAUCAACAAGCGCAACAAGCUGGAGCAGGUCAAUCAACGUUUCAACUCCCCCACCCCAGAAGACCUCGUGUACCUGGACCCCAGCCCCGACUACUGCCUGCGGAACGAGACCACGGGGUCGCUGGGCACCCAGGGCCGCCUGUGCAACAAGACGUCCGAGGGCAUGGACGGCUGCGAGCUCAUGUGUUGCGGUCGCGGCUACGACCAGUUUAAGACGGUCCAGGUGGAACGCUGCCACUGCAAGUUCCACUGGUGCUGCUUCGUCAAGUGCAAGAAAUGCACGGAGAUCGUGGACCAGUACGUGUGCAAGUAACGCGGCGCAUGACCCGAGCACCUGCUACAAACGCGGCCCCCCAAACCGCUGCCCUCCCGACUCCCUCCCCUCCACUGUGCACCCAGAUUUAUGGUUCUACCCCCCCCUAAUCUCACCCCCCCGGCACAGAGAGCGAGGGAGGUAAAAAUCUAUAUGUAUAGGAUCUGAAAUGAAAUAUAUAUAUGUAGAUAUAUAUAUAUAUUUUUUUAUCUGUAUAAAGGAAUAAAGGCAAUGAUUAUUAGAAAUGGGCAGUAGGU